GCCCGUUUGGUUUUCGGGUUUCAUUGCUGGCAAGGUCACCGAGUCCCUAGACGACAUGGCAAACAACGAGAAGGUGACGGCAUACACAGCUGAGCUCACGGCAGUACUUUGGGCACUAAUGUGGGCCCUUGGUCAAGACACCGCCGCGCCCAUCGAGGUCACGCCCGAUGCCCUCAACGUUAUCAACCUGGCCAAAGGCGAAGCCCAAUGCCACGUACAUCCGAGGUUGGGGGCCGCCAUUCGCACGCUUGCUGGCCUCCUCCAACAAGCCCGACCUACCCAGUGGCACCACAUUAACUCGCACAUUGGGCACCCUUGGAACGAGCUCGCAGAUGGGAUAGCAGAUCAAGCUUCGGCCAGCGACCUGAUGGACCCGAACAUUGCAGCAGUGCAGGCGAUCGCUCACAACAAGUUCCUUUCCUGGGAAUGGUUACGCUCAGAGCCAGAUGCGGUCAAGGCCGCAUACCCUCCCUUGCGGAACAAAGACUUCAUCAUCGAGGCCACCCAGCCGCAGGCAGCCCCAGGAGCGAUCCAGAGGCCCAUCAGCACCACCACCAUCAAGGCCGACCUCAACGUGAAUUUGUGCACCUACAACUGCAGAUCACUCAAGGCCGCCGUCAGCUUCAAGUCGGGCAAAGGCAAGGCGGCCGGCAAAAGCAAGCAGAGCCUCUCCAAGGUCACGCACCUAGCAGCACAGUUUGCUGACAUGGGCCUGCACGUCGUGGCCCUACAGGAGACGCAGAGCGAAGGAGACGUCCGCAACGUAGGAGAAUAUGUUUGCUACUCCUCAGGCCACACGCAGCAGAACAGAGGAUGCGACAUCUGGCUCAACGUCUCCCAGCCAAUCAGCGCGAGUGGGGCAGCGAAGUACCUAAGUGCCAAAGACACCCUCGUCCUCCACCAGCACGACAGGCUCUUGAUCAUCAAGGCCCGCGUUGCAGGCACAGACAUGGUCAUCGCAUCAGCAUAUGCACCCCACGAAGACUCCCACGCGGCGGAGAAGAGAGAAUUCUGGGAGUCUGCUCAGCGAUUGUCUGCCAAGUACCGAGUGGACAUCUUCAUGGGGGACCUGAACGGGCGUCUUGGCGACUACGAGUCCCCAGGAGUUGGCACCAGUGGGUACCCAGAAGCGACCAACGGCAAUGGCAAGCACAUCAUCAGCUUCGCUGCCGACACCAACAUGGAGGUCAUCAACACCACGAGGGAUCCAGGCAACAACUCAUUUACGCAUGUCGGAUCGAAGGGGCAGCACCACAGGAUAGACUACAUCCUGCUGAGCUCCUCGAUCGCCCCGUACGUUGCGAGCUGCAGCACGGAGCCAGGUCUGGACCGAGGCACAGCUGCACAAGACCACAUACCAGUACUAGCCACCCUCAAGUGGGCCGUCUGCAAGACCACCAAGGCCUCAGGACCGAGGCCCGACCUGACCAACUUGAACAACGACGUCGCCAAGGCCAGCUUCAAGGAGAUUCUCAAGCAGGCCCCGAUCAUCCCCUGGGAGGUGGACGUCAACACUCACUGCGAGGAGGUCACCAGGGUCGUCAACGACGCGGCCAUCCAGGCCUUCGGCAAGGCCGUCAAGGCAGCGAGGAAGCCCUAUGUCACCAAGACUACCAUGGGCCUAAUCCGAGCCAGGCGCCUCACACUCCGAGUCCAUCGCGCAGUGCUCAGAGGAGAAGCCCAUGACGACCGACCUGGACGACUAGUAGCCCACGCCCACUCUCUUCUUGGAGGCGAAGUAGGGGACUCACUGUCCCUGUGGAGCAGAGAGCGUGGCGACGACGAUGGCACCAUCCACGACAUCCACGACUACGCGCACCUCCUCAUGAACUGGACGAUCUCGCCCAUGGUCUACGCCAUGGCCAUCCUUUCCUUCCUCACCAAGUCUGGGCCCCUCGUUGCCUCGGCCGUCGAGAAGGACCGAAGUGCAUUCCUCAGUCGGCUUGCCUCAACUGCGUCCUCCGCCUCCGCUGCGAACGACGCUGCGGCCCAGUGGAAGGCUUACCGCGACCUACUAAGGUAUGGCGGGAGGAAGGCGAAGUUCCCAGCAGGAAAGCCUAUGCGGCUCGACAAGGAUGGAGAGGUGAUCCACAACUCCCAGGACAUGGCGGACCAGGAGCUCAACCAUUUCGCGAAGAUACAGGCGGGCAAGAUCGUGACAGCGGAUGAUCUUGCCAACAAGUACAAUCACGACAGCAAGACCAGGCCCUUCGACGGCAUGCUGGAUCUCUCCAUGGUGAUGCCCCUGGCCGUUUGCCAGGCCCAGUUCGCCGCGGCCAAGGCUGGGACGCAAGGAGGCCCCGACGGGCUCACGAACGCUGUCCUCAGGGCGGCCCCCACAGAGGCAGCGAGGCUACUGCACCCCCUCUUCACCAAGGUGGCGACCACUGUACGGGAGCCGCUGAGCUUCAAGGGUGGAGACCUGGUCGCAAUUCCCAAAGGAAAAGGCGACCCACGGUACCUCCAAGCCUACCGCGAGAUCCUCUUAAACAACGUCCUGGGCAAGCACCACCAUAAAUACCUAAGGACCAUGCUCAACACUACCCUCGCCAUAGCGCUGGAGGACAUCCAGGUUGGCGGCCGGCCCAAGCGAGGGGUGGACAUGGCGGCCCUAGCAGCGCGCCUCUUCACAGAGAGAAGUCAGGCCCAAGGGAAGUGCUCCAUGAUUAGCUGCUACGACUUAAAGGAGGCCUUCUACUCGGUUGUAGUCCAGCUGGUUCAUGGCAUCCCAGGCGAGGAGGACGAAGUCAAGGAGGUGCUAGAGAACCUCGAGGUUCCCCUGUGGGCCCAGCCACAACUGGAGCACCUCGUGGCCAACCCAGGGAUACUCGACACAGUGUUGGACGGCUCCCACCUGGCUGCCCUCAUUGCAGAAGGUUACCGCAACAGGUGGACAUCACACAGGUUCUCCCAGAACCUCAUGGCGCCGCACAAGGGCACGAGGCCUGGCGUGCCCCUGGCCGACGCGGACUUCAAUCUGCUAUUCGGGCGAGUCCACCGCAUGAUUGACAGCUACCUUGCGCAGCGAGGGCUACGCAAGGACAAGCCGCUGGACAGGGGCGGAUCCCUGGGCGGCAGCGCGACGGGCCACAUCCCAAUUCGGCAUCUCGAGGCAGUCCGAGGGAUCACCCUCAUGCCGCGGCAAAUAGCGGAAAUAACGGAGGACGCCGAGGCGGGCGACGCGUUGGCGGAGGCCGCCCUGGCUUGGGUGGGGGGCUCCGUGCCGCCGGUUGUGGAUGAGUGGUUGCGCACAGGGGCCAUCACGGCGCUCCACAAAGCCAGCGGCGGCGUCCGCCCGCUCACGGUCCUCGCGCCGUUCCGCCGGAUCGUCCUGACCGGGUUUGUGGCCCACACCAAGGCUGUCACGCAGGCCGCGGCAGGCUCCUACCAGUACGGCCUUGGGGUGCAUGGCGGCGCUGAUGUUCAGUUCAAGGCGUUGCAAGCAGUUAUGCGCGACAGGCCGAGCAGCGUGCUGGUGGCGGUGGGCGUAUCCAACGCGUUCGGCACGCCUGCGCGCCGGGAAGUUAUCGCAUCUUUGCGAGGAGCACUUCCUGAGUACGGGAGCCUGCUUGCGAGACUCUACGCCAGGCCUGCUGUGGGGCUGUGGCGCGAUGGCACCGGUGACACGCAUGAGCUGCGUACCGGCGCCGGGUGGCUCGUCACCGCCUACCUGGACGACGUCGUUGCUGUGGUGCCGAGCGCGGAGGCAGAAGAGUACCUGCGACAGUUGUCCGGACUGCUGGGCCCAGGCGGUCUUGUGCUGGACCCCAGCAAGCCGAAGGUGUGGCUCCCCCCUGGCACUGCGCACUGUCCUCCCUCCCUCCAGUCGCACGUGAAGGACGAGCUCCAGGUGGUGGGCUGCAGCCUGACGCGUCGACAAGACGACAACUGGGACGCCCUGGCCGCGGGAGCCGGAGGCGGGGUGCGCGCCUUGGGCGCCGCCACCGAGACGCUCCAGGCUUUCGGGCAAGCGGUCUGGGAGGCAAUGGCGGCAGGACUUGGGCCACAAGAGGCAACGGCGAUGCUCAGGUGGACAGCCCAGGGCUUGCCGAACCACCUCUUGCGCUCGCACCUGCAGGACCUGGUGGCCGUCCGGGCCCACGACACGGUGCUUCGCGGCCUCUGGAAUGACCUCCUGGGCGUCGACAUGACCGAUCGGGCUCGAGUGGGUGCAAUCCUCCAGGAUGGCGGCCUCGCGGCAGGCGCGGCCGAGCCUCGGCGGGAGGCGGCGCACAUCGCCGCGUGGCUCGACGCUGCUCCGCGGGUUGCGGCGGCGCUUGGGGCCACCGGCGCAGAGGCUCUCCUCGCCGCGCGCGCUGCGGGCACGCAGGGAUUUGAAGCCGCUGUGGUGACGUACAACGCUUCAGUUGGCGCAGCCCACUGCCUGCAGACGUCGCUGGCCCAGGGAGAGCGCAACCGACAGAAGGACCUGGUGGGCCCGCGGAUGGAAGUGAUUGCGGGCGUCGCCAAAGCUGGCCUGGACCACCGCGAGCGCGGGGGGCCCGGGGGCUGGCGCUUUCACCACGUUGCCGACUAA